CGAACAUCAUUUUAGUCCGAUACUUAAUCAUUUAUCCUGUGUUUGUUUUGAAGUUCACUGUACACAAAUACGAAGACAGAUUUUCCCCCAAAAAUGACUUAUCUUAUCCACUCCCCCUCUUCCUCGUUCGGACCACACUUUGUUUAAGUUUCCUGAAACCCCGUUUACUAGCCUUGUUUUUUCCGCGAAUUAUCCAAGCGGAAAAAUCUAAAUAAAAUUUGAAUCUGUUGAUUUCACUCAAAUCACCUCACGUUCCCAUUGUUGAAAACCAGUUCUUGCGACCAUAGGCGCACAAUAAAUUCCGACCUAAGAAGAGGUCGUCUGGCCUAACGUACGGCAACUUUUCGUCCGCUUCUUUGGGCCAUCCCGAUUGCGGCGCUGCUGGUCAAGGUAAUGUUUACAAGUGCGAUCAGUCACAAGUGUUAAGCCCAUGCAUUUACCCGAAGAAACGGCAAUAUUGAAUGGAAAACCCCUCGAAAGUUGCCGAAAAUCAGCAUUCUCAAUCCGACAUGACCGUCCUCUGAUGUGAUUCACGAAAAUCGUGCGAAAUUGGCCCGAAUAUUAUAAUGGAAUGUGAUGGAGCAACAGAGAGCGACUUGGCCCACCAAAAGGGGCCCGCCGGAUGGGAGCUGGCCCCCUUGAACGGGGUCGGCAACGACCCCCCGGAGCAGUCCUGGACGGGGGUGGACCACCUUUCUGGACCCCUCAGUCCGUUAUGCAUUACAGAUGCCAAUCAUGAGAUCCUCAGGCCAAAACCCAGACGGUUGUCCAACAAUUCGAAAAGUGAACACUCGUAUCACCACGUUGAAAAAUCGGACGCGAACGGUCCCUUAAAUAAGGAAUACCCAAGAGUGAAUACGCCCGCAAAACUGACCCAACAACACUCCAGUAAUAUCGACGGUCAGCUGAACGAAGGAAUGGUGUCUCCGAAGCGCAAAGUGGAGCAUUUUCAGCACUUAUAUAUCGCUAAUAAUGUUAAAACGUCGACCUUCAGCGAACAAACUGAGAAGACAAACAUUAUAAGCAACAAAAAUAAUUUAAAUAAUUGUCAGGAGUACAAUAAAAAUAACUGCUCUCAUACAUCGUCUGCUGUAAAUAUGGUCCCUGAGAGAGACACCGAACCUAAUAAAACACCCCCAGGAAACACCGUUGGGAGCUUAAAAUUAUCACCACCAGGAAGUUCAGCCUCGAGGCAGCACCACCACGUUACGAUCCAAGAGCUGCGAUUACAGCACCAAAGAACUCAAAAUUGUAACAGUUCCUCGGACGAAAACCGUUCGUCGGGCCAUGCGAGUAUGUCAGACAAUGGUAAUAGCUCUCCUAGAGGAAACUACAGUUCUGGAACUGAUCGUCUGACAGCAGGAGUGAUGCAAAAAGCGGUAAAAAAUCGUACUUCAACUCAGCAUAAUCGUUCACGUCAUAGAGCUACACCUGCUAGGUUGCAUGUACCCUGGACCGGAAGUGGAGGUCUGGAAGACAUCAAACUUGCGCUUCAGCAACUAACAAUGAGAUCACACACAUCUUCCAGUACUUACUCUAGUAUUAGUGCUGGUUCUGAGAGCUCGGAACCCGCGGUGCGCCGAUUAAUGAGACAUUCUUCCCUUGAAACCAUCAAUACUAACAUUACUAGCGCGGACGAAUUUGUAUGGGUUGACUCGCAUAACCGACUAGUAGAACUGCAGCACCUGCCAUGGACAAAUCACUGUAUAUUGCGGGUUUUACAAACCGGUCGAUUUCGCGACCAUGUAGCGAGAGUUAGUGUUGAAACUAUUCCCAGACUCUCUUACUUACUUCAAAGAGCUUUAGUCAGAAUAGGAAGAGAAAUCCAGAGAUUAUCGUCUACAUUAGGGAUUUGCACAAAGCAUGAUAUUACCGUUUCUUUUCGAAUUGUUCUCUGUCCACCUUUAGCGGAUUCGUGCAUUAAAGCUUCCCUAAGAGCAGCUGCAAUGUUAGCAAUGUCCGGGGAUUGCGCUUUAAAACAAAGCAAGUCGUUGCGAGCAGGCUUACAGUUUCACAUCGGCCGUUUUCAUCGCUGGAUGACUGACAUCAAACUGGCUAGAUUUGUGCAUGAAUACGCGGCAGUGUAUCUUUGCGCUGGUCUAGAAAACCUUCUAGAGGAAAUCCUCCUCCAGUGUUUACCGAGCGAUUCUGAAGUCACAUUAACUGCAACUUUACUUGAACAUGCUAUAGCAAAUAAUGGAGAUUUGUGGGGUUUACUCCAGCCUUACGCGCACUUAAAUGCUGGAAGAAUAGCUUCCGGAGCUUUAGCAUUACCCAGAUGGGCUUCCAUGUCUAGUGUGGGUUCAGGAAGAGACUCCAGACGUAGUCCGACUUCACCAGAACCGUCACUAAUGACUACUUGCGUAGGCUCUUUAAAAGAACUACAAGAUUUAAUAAGCCGUAUGCAACCUCGUGUGCCAUUAUGUCCCAAAGCUAUCAGAACACUGUUCUACUUUAUGCGUUGUUCUCAGUUAGAACACGUCGAACAAGGAGCCAGUGCUGUUCAAGAGUUGUGUUACGAAAGAGCCUACGUUGUGCUCCCCCCACUUGUUGAAUGGUUACGAGUAGCGACUGCCCACAGCGAACACAGAUUUUCGCCCCUCAUUGACAAAGACGAUAUUAUGCAAGCAGCCCGACUUCUUCUGCCAGGAGUUGACUGUCCAGUACGCAACCUUGGAGAGGAAAUGCUAAGGAUACGGAAAAACACAGGGAAUGAGGAAGAUCAUAUUGAGGCAUCACGACAAAUUCAAGUUGAACUGGCAUUUAGACUAUUGUUGACGGGGCGACCUGAGUUAAUACAACACGCUGUUUCUUUACUACCCGUGUCGACGCGACUGGAUACCUUGAAUUUGCAAGGGCACACAGGACUGAUGUUGGCUGCGAUUAAUGAUGACGAUGUUGCAUUAACUGCUCUUUUAGACGCUGGAGCGUCUGUUGAUGUUGAGACACCGAUAUCUGGACCUAAUUUCACCGCAGUUAACGGAGAGACUCAACACUGGACUGCUCUGACUUACGCCGCAGCUAAAGGACAUGCUCGAUGUGCCAGAAUUUUGUUAGAACGGGGGGCUAAUGUGGAAGGGGGGGCUCGUUUGAGUGAAGAUAAAUGCACAUUAACGCCUCUUCAGGUUGCUUGUGGUAACGGCAAUUCAGAAGUAGUUUCGUUGCUGCUAGCUCACGGUGCUCACCCAUUCUUCUCAACGCAAAUGAAAGAUUCUCUCUGUUACUCAGCAUCGGCUCAGAGAGGAUGUUAUAGUGCAAUAUCUGUAGCAGCAGCACAUGGUCAAAGAGUCGUUUUGCAGAAAUUGUUAGCACAACCUUUGAUACCAGUCAGCAAAGAGGUACUCUCAUUAGAAGAAAUACUUGCAGAAGGUGCAGCACCAAACUGCUCGUCUUCGUCUAACACUACGCCCCACUUUACCAAAUCACAAGUGAAGUCGUUACAAGAAGCUAUGUACCACAGUGCAGAAAAUAAUCACUUGGACAUAACAGUGGAAAUACGAACGUUGGGUGUCCCUUGGACUUUACACUGUUGGAUGCACUCUCUUGGAGCCGCUCAUGAAGCUCGACUGGACUGUGUAAUCGAUCAGCUUCUCCAAGAUUUUUUACAAGUGUGUCCUGAUGACUACAGUUCACAGUUUGUGCAAGAAUGUUUACCGCUACUGUUCAAUAUUUUUAGAUAUAGCAAGAAGGAAGGUACCACGUUACUACUAGCUGAUAUAUUUUCCACAUGUUUUGGCUGGGAACCUAUCAAACCAAUAAAAAAUUGUGUUCCUUCAGCCACAUCCAGUUCACGAAUUGACCCAAAAUAUGUAAAUAAUCCAGAGUUAAGCGAUGUUACGUUUAGGGUAGAAGGACGCUUAUUUUACGCGCAUAAAAUAGUUUUAGUAACUGCAAGUUCAAGACUGAGAUCCAUGUUAAGUUCAAAGCUUUGUGAAGGGGGUUUACCUACUGUUCAAAUCAAUGAUAUCAGAUACGAUAUAUUCCAGAUUGUAAUGCAAUUUCUCUACCAAGGUGGCUGCCAAGCGUUAGAGCCAGCACAAGAUGAUAUUCUGGAGUUAAUGGCAGCUGCCAAUUUUUUCCAGCUGGAUGGUCUACUCAGAUAUUGUGAAAGUCGUUGUGCUGCAAUGUUAGCACUGGAUAAUGUUGUCUCUAUGUACAUACACGCUAAAGUAUAUAAUGCCGUUCAGUUAUUAGAAUACUGUCAAGGGUUUCUUUUACAAAAUAUGGUGGCACUGCUUACUUAUGAUGAUUCAGUUAAGAGACUCCUUUUUGCCAAGAAGCUACCCAAUCAUGAUGUUUUAGCAGGGUUGCUAAAUACUCUUCAAAACAGAAUUAAAGCAAGAAAAUCGCAAAACAAUUUUAAAGCUCAAAACUUACAAAGUGUAAAUAAAUGAAUUUUGUUAUAUUGUUCUGACUUGUUCUUAAUUUUAGUUGAAAUUAUUUAUAUAUUUAUUAGAGUUGCCUUGUUAUAUCCUAGUGAUUUUAUGUACACUUUGAGCAAUAAAUAUAUUUUUAUCAUU